AUGCCAAGUGAUGGUCAAACGCUAAAACCGACACCGAAAAAUGCCAACUUUUCACUGGUCAACGCCUCUGCAGCACUUUGCCUUAAUAUCUUUGUUUAUAAACGUAAAGACGUGUUCCGUGUAUUGGGAUCCGGCCGCGCUUGCGAUGACAUUGGCGAGGAAGAGCAACUGGCACUCUUCAGACAUCAGCAAUUAGAUGAUUCUGUCCUUGCAUACGACUACAGUCCUAAUCCGUGGAGUUCUUUGAGUUAUCAACCGAGAAGUCGUUUGCCAGGGUAUGCCGAUCUGUACUCAAAAGGACGAACUUCCGUCAAGAGUCCGGAAUUGAUCGUACCACCAAGAAGUUACCUAACUGGCAAAAAUGGUGUUGAAAACAGGGUGGAAGGUCGCUUAGCCCUUCGUGAUUUUGCAUCUAAUUUCAUCAACACUGGCGUCUUCAACAAUCGAUUCACGCCGGCAAAUACGUGGAGACCGUUUUCUAAUUUGGCUAACAGGAUUCCCGUUUCUUACAAUCCUAAUUUUGAUAAUCCACUGGACAAUUUUGAUGCAUGCACAGGAUCCAGUGGUCACAGCGGUAUUUGUGUUCCGGGUUCCGCCUGUUCGCUGUUCGGCGGAAGGCCUAGUGGAUCGUGCAUUCUGGGAAAAGUCUGCUGCAUUAAUGUAAUGUCAAGUUGUGGUGCAACUGUCACACUGAACAACACUUAUUGGCAAUCUCCGUCGACGAUUAGCACGCCUUCUACGUGCGUGUUGACUGUGAAGGUGGACACCAAAUUUAUUGAACAAAAGAGACCUAUUUGCCAAAUUCGGUUGGAUUUUAUAUCGUUCACCACGACGCAGCCUACGGCUGGAACUUGUUCGGAUACUUUUCGAGUCGGUGGCGCAACAACUGUAGUGCCCGUUAUAUGUGGCGAUAACAGCGGACAACAUAUGUAUUUGGACGUUCCUUCUUCCGACCUGACUUCCAGCACUAUCCAACUCAUGUUCAACUUUUUAACUGCGUCAAGCAUCCGUUCGUGGAACAUCAAAAUUGCUAUGCUUCCGUGUGGCGCUUCCUAUCUGGCACCCGGUAAUUGCUUGCAAUAUUUCACCGCGGCUACCGGAAGAGUAAAGUCCUUCAAUUGGCAGGACACACCUACCGGCACUACCCGCCAAUUGAACAAUCAAAAUUAUAAUAUUUGCUUCCGAACUGAACUCGUAUCAUCGCAAAGAGCAGCACAGAUUUGCUUGUCUGUCUGUUCGGUCACUAAUGGUGGCGACCCCUUCUCGAUAACCACCCCAGCCUCAGUGAGACCUGCAAGAACCGGCUUUGACGCUAUUUCAGAUUUGCCAAUCCCAGCUAGAGCUGCCGCUUUAAAUUCUAAUGUGGGUACGGCAGUCAGCAACGCUGCUGGCGAUACACUUGUCGCGACCUGCUUGUAUGAUUUCAUUAUUAUUGACGGUGGUCGAGGUGUUAACGGAAUCACGGCUGACCGUUACUGUGGAAAUCACCUAAAUCCAGCAGUGGGCACUGUCCGAUUGCCCGGAUUGACCACCAGCGUCCAAGUCUGCACUCCGAUGAGGCCAUUCGUGAUAAAAUACCAAACAGACGGGACUGAAGCAGCAAUUAUGACAGCUAAUCCGCCAGCAGUUCCGGCCGUCGCCAGAAACGAUGACUUAAAUACUGGUUUUUGCCUUGAUUAUCAAGAGCUAUAAACAUGGUUUCAUUAGUUUACCCACACUGCUCGUGAAUUGCAAAAUGUUGUUGAUUCGCCGCUGAUUCUUUGCGGCCCGUAAGAAAACUACGUCGCUUGUACGGGGGAGUUCUGAUUUUUUUAUUCGGUAUAAUUGGGAUCUGAAACUCGCUAUCUUUGUUGAAAUUUCAAUCAAUCUAACUGGGUUGGCUUGCUUGUAUCUUAUUUUAAAAUAACAUAUUUGUUACAAAUAUUUCAAUUGAAUAUGGAAAACUUUAAUCGAUUCGUCAAAUACAGAAUCGUUAACAUCCA